GUCUACAGCAAUGUUUUCCACAUGGGUCGAUAUAAUUGAGUAACUGUUUCCGCUCCUGUGGACGCUUGCUUUAUGCGCUAAGUCUGUGUACUUGUAAAGGAAACAUUAAUUUACUUUUUCUCAUAUAUUUUGCUUUUUGUCUUAGAUUUUGUCAUUGAAGAUGACAGACCGUUAUAACAUCCACAGUCAGCUGGAGCAUCUGCAGUCCAAGUACAUUGGCACGGGCCACGCAGACACCAGCAAAUGGGAAUGGCUGGUUAACCAGCACAGAGACUCUUAUUGCUCCUACAUGGGCCAUUUCGACCUGCUUAAUUACUUUGCCAUUGCUGAGAACGAGAGCAAGGCUCGGGUUCGCUUUAACUUGAUGGAGAAGAUGCUGCAGCCAUGUGGCCCGCCCGCUGACAAACCUGAAGAUGCUUAGGGAUUGGCCUCCUGGACUGAGUUCCUACAGUUUGAUGUUUUAUAAGGCUGUGCUCUAGAUGCUUUAAGAGAUCAUAUAGAGAGAGACCCUGGACACAUGGGGGAUGUGGGUGCUCUUUUAAUCCUCUUGUUUGAGGACCAAUAAAUGUCCAUGGCAAAAGUGCCAUUUUUGGGGAUAUUGUAUUGAUUGUUUGACCACAAGCGUGUUUGAAGAAAAUAAAGAUGAAACCGUA